AUGACGACUCCAGCGUAUGAGGAGACGCCAAUAACAAACGGAAAUGGCCAUAUAGACGCAGAUGAAGAUAUUACCAUGGACACAGGAGAGGAAGCAGCCACAAACGCAAACACCAACAUGGAAAUAGAUGCACACGUCCCGAUCCAAUCUCUUUACCACCGCUCUUCAACCCUUAUGGCGGAGGUCUGGAAACGUGUCUGCACUGCGUACUCGCGUGUCCCAGGGGUGCACAUUUUCUCCCUUGAAGAGCCGCAGCGUCGGGUUGAGAAUGCUUUCACCCCGAGAUGGAUGCCAUUGGGGCCUCCAAGGCUGGGACCAAGAGAUGGUGGCUAUGGCUGGUACUUCAGAAACGCAAACGCAGCCACCCCUUCGUUUGACGCUCACAACCCUUCCACGUAUCUCAUCGACAGCGGGUUAUGGACUGCAUGUCAACAGUCACGCAACAUCAUGUGCGAUGCAUAUGAUUUUGACAGUUGGAACCGCAUUAUUGCAUCACAUCCUGACUUACUCUAUAACGAGCUGAAGCGACAGAGUUUGAUGGAUUUCCCAAGUGCCAUUUGGGACUGGCAGAUGCCCUUGGGGGGGAAUCUAUGGACGCUCUCCUCUCUGCCUAACAUUGCGCUGGAGUUGAAUCCGGCCUGGGGUCACGGCUUAUCACCAACAGAUCAUGAGGCCAACUCAAGUCAAUAUAUUGUCAAAUACAUUGCCGAGUUGGCAUCUAUGACUUCAACAAACACUACUAUAUGGUUUGUUGAUGAAAGAUUCAGGCGAAAGACCAUUGCGCCCACGCAACAACAAGCAGCCAUGGACCUCAGACGCCGCGUCUUUCACGGCAGCGACCGCCAGUACGUGCAGGUCAUGGGCAACGGAUUUCCACUAGAUCAUGAUCAGUGGGAGCUGGUCCCUCAGAAGAUGCUCGCCAUGACGGAUCCUCCCAUAUGCGAUCCCUUUGGGCCUGGCGGUUACCUGUGGACAUGGAAAGAAGACCUCCUUGAUCCUAACGGGGAUGGGCUACACUGGAGCGGCGAGUGGUUUAUUCAUACGCUCCAAUACUAUAUCAUCCAAGCCACGGUCAAAGCUCGGAGGGAAAUGGACCGGAGGGAAGCUGAAGCCAAUGCUUUAACUGAUAGAAUUAAUGGCAAACCUGAGAAUGGCGGUUCCAACAAUGGAAGCCCUACGAAUAGCCAUUCCAACGAGAGAAGCUCUACGAGUGGCGAUUCCAACAAUGGAAGCUCCGCAAACAGUUAUUCCAAAGAUGGGAGCCCUACGUAUAGCCAUUCCAAAGAUGGAAGCCCUACGAAUAUCUAUUCAAAUAAUGGAAGCCCUACGAAUAGCAACCACAGCAAAAAGGAAAAUAGCAAUAGCGAGCAUCUUGAUGAUCAGAAUGGCGACCGUACAUCUGAUGAUGGUAGGCUUAAUGAGAAGACGAUUAAAGAAACAAACUCUUAUUCAUCCGACACCGACUUUAAUGGAACGGAAGUCAACCGAUUUGGGCUCCUUGCCGUUGAAUUCUUCUGA